UGCACCUAUUGCGGAAAGGAGAAAGAUUACACGAUGGCUAUAUUUGUUAUCAUGUUAGUCAUUGCAGGAUUGGCUGCAGGUAAGUGGAAAAUCACUAUACUUGUUAACUAUAUGUUAGCAUGCAUGCAUGCAUGUACUCUGUAAAUUGAUAAUUAAGAUCAGCAGGUCUUUUGUAAUCUAUAAUUUUUUUGUCCAAUAAAGCUGAUAAAAUAAAAUAAACUAAAAUAUAAGACAGGUCUCAUCUAGAUUUAUGCUGAAAAAUAUGUAUUUUCUAGCAAAAUGCAGAAAAACGGGAGGAAUAAUACAAAGAAUUACAUUUUCCCAUUGAUUCUUAACCUGCAUUUUUUACGUUUUCUAUAAUUUUCUGGGCGAUAGGCCGUGGCUGAUGGGGCUUCUACCUGUCGGGGGCUCUGAGUUUUUUAACUAACCCUAUACCUAAUAUGCGUUACGCCACUGUCCGUAUGGCCAUUGACACAAAUAUAUAAUUUAGUAUGUUAGUAAAUUUCGCGUGCAGCAAACGGCGAUCAACCAGCAGUUAUGCAACUUAUGCUUAUGCCCCUUUCAAUUCUAAUUCAAAUGUUAUAUACUAUCUCUUGCCACCCCCCAACACAUUGAAUUGUAGUCGUGUUUUAAAUGGUACAUAAUUGGCGUUGUCUUGGCCAUGAGAUAAGUCGGUACUCGCGGUAGUGACUUAAGUAAAGAAAGCUCACAUAUGCCUAUCGUAUUAUCGUGUACAUAAAUCGUAAGUAAUAAUGUUACAAAUGACGUCUAUACUUUUCUUCUGUAUACUAUUUGUAUUUUGUAUUAUUUUGUUCUCUGCUUUAUCACAAUUGGUUUGCACAAGAAUCCCCAGUUCCCUUGAUUUGACAAAUUAACUCGCGACAGUGUCACGACAGUUACAACCAUAUGGAAACAAGCAUAAAAGUCAUUCACCACAAACCCUUCACGACACGUUGGGGACACGUUGGCGACAGUUACAACCUGAUAUGGAAACCAGGCUUAAGACAAGGAGAAUAUUAUAUUUCUAGCUAGUUUAAUCAUAUCUGUUUAAAUACAACCAAAAAUAUUGGAAUUUUCUGGGGGUGACAAUGUCAAUAUGACUCAUGCAACAGGCCUUGCCACACCAUUUUUGUAGACUUUUUUCGCCACAAGCAUGCCGUUAUACUGAUCAAAUUUCACUUCCUCGGUUUUCCUUGCGUGGAAUUUCUUUAAAUCCGUAGCAUUUUUAGCUACUGCUCCUGGAUAGUUCCAAAAAAUGUACUGUACAGCCAAGCAAAUGCUUUGCAAAUAAACGAACCUUUCUGUUUUGUAGUCUCACCGAAGUUAAUUUUUUUUUACGAACAGUCGAUACAAGCGCCAAUCCAGACUGGUCUCGUGUAUCAGGAGCCUUAACUCAACACGAUAUCAGCCCUGAUGAUAUUCUCUGGGGAGUGAACAGUGCAGAUAAUAUUUACAUACGAAAUGGAAACGGAUGGUCUCAAGUAGGUGGUGCUUUGAAACAUGUAACGGUUGGUAAAGCUGGGGUUUGGGGAGUGAACGCUGGUCGAAGCAUUUUUUAUCGUAAUGGAGUGACAUUGAGUAAUCCAAAGGGUUCUUCAUGGACACAUAUACCAGGUGAAAAAUUGAUCAUUUUUAUAUCCAGUCAGUAACAGAAAAAAUGAGAAGGUGUAGACCUGGGGGAGAACAUAAUCAUUACAUAGAAUACUGUAUUUAAUUAUGGGAGUGUUACCAGGGCCUUUCAGAGGGAGGGGGGCAACGGGGCAAUUUGCCCCGGGCCCCCAGUUUAAGUGGGGCCCAAAAUUUGCAAAAGUGGGGGCCACAAAAGGUGUAAUUUAAAAAAAUUAUUCGGAACGUUUUUUUUAUAUAAAUAAUGGGAUUCACCCCCCCUCUCCAAAAUGUUUGGGAAAAAUAGGGCUCCCUAAAUUAAUUUGGCCCGGGCCCCCGAAUUUCUUUGAUAGGCCCUGAGUGUUACUGUUUUAGUGUCGUACAUGGUGAGCGAUCAUUCCAGUUCAGCCGGUGGACUGAUGCAGUUCAAAUCUGAUUUCACCUCUGAGAAGAGUGCAUGCGUCUAGUUUGACUCGAUCUUCAGAAAUACCGUAAGCAGUUCUGCGCGUUCUUCGGUUACCUUCUGGUUCAGCUAAGACUGGGUACAGAUCCAGAUAAACCAUCUUUAUUUCCAUUAACAAUUCAUUCAUAUAUUGUUUGUGCACAUGUAUACAGGCUCGCUGACCCAAAUCGACUCAGGACCUUCCGGAAUUGUGUAUGGUGUAAACCGUCAUCAUCAAAUUUAUUGCCGCACAGGAAUUUCUUUGAGCAGACCUAAAGGAACAGGUUGGGUGCGAGUACCUGGAGGUCUGAAGUAUGUAAGUUGUGGUGUUUAUGGCUGUUGGGGAGUGAACAGUGCUGAUCAAAUUUGGUUUCGUCAUGGUGUGACUCCCAGUAAUUGCGCUGGAACCAAGUGGGUUAGAAUAGGCGGCGCCUUGACUCAGCUAGAGGUAAGGGCUAUACAUUACAUGUAUGCUAGUCAGCGAUUUAUAAGAUUCCACGUUUUUUAACUAAUGUUGCCUUUAUUUAGAGCAAGAUUGGUUAUAGGAAAUUACGCACGUUUUUGGUGAAAUAUUACUGAGCUUAAGCAAGCGACAUAUUUGUGAACACGGAUGUCACCCAGAAAUUGGUAUUAGUAAUUUUGACGGCAUUUUGCAUCAUAGCGCUCGUGCAAGGAAUAAAAAAACUUCAAAAAUCUUAUGUUUUGUCAUAUGUGUUGAAGAUUACCACAACCCACCGGGCACACGACGUUGUUUCAACGUUGAAAUUUGGUAGAAAAAAGGUUGCGACGUCGACAACCUAAUAUCUACGUUGCUCUGACGUUGUUUUACAAACAUUGGUUCAACAGCAGCCAACAGACGUUGAAUUAACGUUCAUUCAUGGUUAAAUGUACGACGUCGAUUUGUGAACCAAUCUCAACGUUGUUUUAAUUUAACAAAUUUAAUUUGGCACAUAAAAAACUGAAUAUUUACAUAACUUAAACGGACAAUUACAUUGUACAAGAAGACGAGGAAAGUGCCAAAAGUGGCAAAACACAAACGAGACUAUGUCCCAUGCAGGGUGCUCACCACUAGACAACAAACAAAGACAAGAAACAAAGACAAGGAAGAUUAAAUGAAAAGACUAAGAGAAUGAAAAGGCAGAAAGAAUGAAAAGACAAAGAGAGAAUUGUUAGAUAUUUUUUAUUGAGUCGUGAUAAGUGAGUGUGAACUAGGUAAGUCAGGAGUGUAGGAAGUACUAGUGAGGUGGAUGUAAGUCUUGCGCAAGUAUGACUUAAAAGAGGAGACAGUGACAUAACAAUACGAAGGAGCAGACGUACAAACAUAGUUCCACAGUUUAACAAUUCUAACACAAUACGAACUUUGAAAUGUACUUGUUUUGCAUGCUUGUGUUCUCAGAAGACCAGAAGUGGCCGCGCGUGUCCUUCCCGUUGUAACUUCAACAUACUGCGAUAUGUCAAAAUCUGUGAGACCGUACAUGCAUUUAUAGAAAAAUAUCAAGUCCUUCUGUUCUCUGUCGUAUACAAGCGGGAUUAAAUUAAGUUGCAUUAAGCGCUGUUUGUUUUAACGUGGAUUCAACGUUGAAUUAUGGUUGACGAGAUUGGCAACCUAAUUUCAACGUUGUUUCAACGUCGAAACAGUAACACCAAUCCAAUUUGCAUAGUCAACCCUUUUUCAACGUCUAUCCAACGUCUGGAAGGUCAUUUCCAACGUUGACUCAACGUUGGAUAAACGUCAUUUUGCCCGCUGGAAAUUAACCUGAUACAAACACAGUUUUUAAUCCAGUCCUCGCUCGACAAUCUGACGUCCGUGUUGACAAAAACUUCGCUUGCUUAAGCUCGCUAUUUAUAACGCUCCGCGAGUGCGUGGCACAUAUGUGUGAUUUUUCAUUAAUACUUCGAGAACAACUCUAAUUUCCUAUAAAUAUCACUUGAUAGUAAUUUUUUUCGAGCAGUCAAUGACACGAAAUACUGCCGAUUACGAUUUACGACCGUGCACACACUAUUUGCAAGUUCAUGUAAGUUACACAAUUACGCAAGUCUACAAAAUCAUGACUAUAGAAACAUGUGACGACCACAACUAGUUACAAGUCCAUUUACACUGCACGCAAAAAUUUCUACAUCAAUAAUAUUACAAUACAUGUAUCCGUAACAGAUAAACAACAUUUCUUCAAGUUAGGUAACAUGUUCUUCAAGUAACUAGCUUGACUUUUGUAGAAAAUGUACCAUGUAAUGCGGUAGUCUGCAGACCUUGAAAACCCUAACCUACUGCUAGUCUUUUCUCAGUGAUCUUCAAGAUUCCUAUAGAGAAAGCUCAUGGUCUCUUAUUUGUAUCCUUAAUAUUUUGGCUGUAGUACGUAGCCUAUUUAAUGGAUGUGGGAAUAAAAAUAAUUAAGUUUGUCUCAUUUGAUAGAAUUUUUAAAAUUAGAUAGAAAACUCUUUUAUCGAUUUUUCAUAUCUUGUUUAGUUUUUGAAAUAUUAUGCAUGAAAUCAUCCUACUCCUAUACGACCAAAUAAGAAUUAGUAGAUUCAUAAAACGUUGUCAGACAAAUGGUUAUUUUAAAUAGUGAUGGAAUAAUGACGAUUGCAUAUCUGGGUAAAAUGUUUGCAUGACUUGCUUGUGACGUAACGUGUACAUCCCGCUGAAAUGAAUAUAACUGGACACUACUUUAGAUAAAUUGCCAAUCUUUUUCUUGAAGCUAAUUCUUGACCCCUAGACACGCGUGUCUAUAUCAAGACCCACGUGUUUAUAUCAUGAUUGACCGAUUGAACGCUCUUCGCAUGCGUAAAAAGACUGGGACUGACCUUCAACUUUGGUUUCAAAUUUCUGGUUGGAGGUAUAGCGUUCCAGUUAUAUUCAUUUCCAGGUUGGACGCAUAAUUUUAAAGGGUUUUUUAAAAGACAAACCAAAUUUUAAUUGCCAUAUCUCUUUAAGUUUCCUAUUAGAACACAUCAGCCUUUAGUUUAGGACAUUCUGUACACUUAUUUACUUUGCCUAUAGAACUAUUGUCGGUCCUCGUUUACAAUAUCACGAAUUUAUAUCACAAAAUGAAUUGAUGCGAUGUUAAACUAUAUCCCGCAAUACAUCACUUUCUAUCACAGAAAUAAGCACUUUUUGACAGAAAUCUAAUGUGCGGUUUUAGGUGGACAAAGAGGGUAAAGUUUACGGAGUUAACGUUCACAAGAGUCUUUUCGUCCGAAAUGGUGUUUCGUCCUCUAGGCCAACAGGAACUACAUGGAGACACAUUCCAAGCCGUCCAUUCACGCAUAUUUCAGCAGGUUAUUCAAAGAUAGUCGGGUUGGUCUCUAGUGGUGCUAUUUACUAUUAUGGCGGUAAGUUCAGAAGAUACUAAAGUGUUGGAUAUUCGGACUAAAUCUGACAAACUCUUAAAGUUUAUAAAUUUUGAGUAGUGUUUAGUGUACUGCUUGGAUGAUAAUACUGACAUUUGUCCAAAUAUAAAUUCGCAAUUUUUGGCAACUACAUUAGCAACAACAUUAGCAUAAACAUUAGCAACACAACAAUCACAGUCAAUGCACCAACAACGUAAGCGGAACAAGAUCAGCAAAAGCAGCAACAACGAUUUUAAUUUAAAUCAAACUGAUUUAUUUUCUUUAUUUAAGGUGAUUGGUCCAUUAUUCCUGGAAGUCUCAAGCAAAUUGACCAUGGGCUGACCACAGCAGUAUGGGGUGUGAACCGUCAUGACGCCAUAUAUCGUUUGAGAACGUCAACCUGGCAAAGAAUCCCAGGGGCUCUGACACAUGUGUCGGCAGGCGAAGCAGGCAUUUGGGGAGUGAACAAAUAUGACUACAUUUUCUAUAGAAAUGGCGUGACCGAAAACAACCCAUCUGGCACAUCGUGGAGACACAUACCUGGCAGACUGAAACAAAUCGAUUCUGGUCCAAGUGGUAUUGUUUAUGGUGUAAAUGUUAAUGAUCAAAUCUACUGCCGUACAGGGAUCGAGUAUGGUAAACCUUUUGGUACCGGCUGGAGGCAAGUGACCAGCGGUGGUAGGCUGAAAUACGUCAGUUGUGGUGUUCUUGGUUGUUGGGGUGUGAACAGCGCUAAUGACAUAUGGUAUCGCUCUGGGGUAACGAAGGAAAAUUGCGUUGGUGCAAAUUGGCAUCACAUAUCUGGAAAACUCAAGCAGAUCGAAGUGGGUGCAGCUGGUGAUGUCUAUGGCAUUAAUUCUGCCGGAAACGUCUACCGUCGUACUGGUAUCUCUGAGUUAGUCCCCUUGGGUAGUGGUUGGCAAAAGAUCGAGGAUUACGGUUCCCACAUCACUACUGGCCUGAAUGGACAGUACCUGUUGGUUAAUGGUCGAAUACAUUAUUCUAGUGGUAGGUAUUUAAGCUGAUAUCUUGAUACUCGUUAAUAAAUUCAGGAUUGUUUCUCAGAAUACUUUUUCUCCUCAAAUUCAGGUUGUCCAAGACGUUCUCCGUAAACAACAAUGACAUAUUUCCCUGAAAUGGUUACACGGACCACGACGAAGUAAAAUUGUAGAUUACAGUAACUCAAUAAGUUGCAUAGACAGUAUGGCAUAGUUUUGAUGAAAUUAUAAAACUGUAUAGAUUGUAUAAGAAAUACCAGAUCGUAGAUUGAAAAACAGAUCGUAGACAUACAUAAUCUCUUUAAUUCUUUAAAAUGUUUGCUUAAUAAAUUAAAAAUAUUUACUUUUGUAAUAAAUAUGCAUAACUAAUAGGAAUAAACUUGUCUACUCCGAGAAUUUUUGUGGCUGUUAUAGUUCAUUUCUCUCUUAAUACAUUUUACAUGGUAACACAGAUUAGUAUCGUAUAUAUAUUAUUUUGUGUUUCUCAACAGUCAGAUAACAUUUAAAAUGGUCGCUAUAACUGUGUAAACUACAAAAUAAUGUUAAAACAAAGUAAUUUUGAGGGGAACGCCAAAAAGAUUUUAGGUUUUGAACACUUUUCAUCGCAAAUGCACCUCUAAUAAUACACCUGCACGGUCAAACUUUGAUAUGUGGGCUUUCACCUAAAAAGCGCCUGAUUCACUUCUUUCACCUUUACGCAAGUCUGAUCCAUACAAACAUAUUUGCGAACAGCACUAUACAGGGUGUAUCAAAAUAAACGCAAUCCAUCUUUUGUGCUUAAUAACUUUCGAAAUACUAUUUCUAGUUAAACGCUUUUAGGCUUACUUCAAAGCCUGUUCUUUUCUCUUUCAAACAAACUAUUAUUCUUGUCUCC